GAGAGAGAGAGAGAGAGAGAGGUGAGGGAAAGAUUAAAAAGCAAGCGUUUUUCUGCCGCUGGCUGCGCCCGACACACUGCUCUGCUAGCAAAAGGACCAGUUUGUCAAAAUAACAUAAUGCCAGGCGGACCUCGUGGCUGACACCAGCGUUUAUCACGCUCCGUUGGAGCUGUGUCUGGGUCCAGCUGAGCUGAUUUGUUGUUGUUACUGUUUUGGGCCGUUUGUCUUUUUUCCUCCGGGCGGAAAAGAGAAAACUUUCAGAUCUGCGGUAUAUAUUUUCUACUUCUCCUCUCUCCCCCCCCACCCCCUCUCUCCUCUCUUCUCUUCUCUUUUCCUCCAGGGAGACCCUGUGAAGUGGGAGGAACAGCAGCUUACGCUGUAGGUGCUCUGAGUUCGCUAAGCAGUGCUUUCUCAGCAGAGCGUUCCUGUGCUCACAUGGGUGCAGGUGGAGUGUCAUGAGUCGGAUUGCAAUUGUAAAGUCAGGACAGAGGCACAGUCAAGUAGUGUGAAGUGUCAGCCUCUCUGCACCACUUUGAUCCACAUGCGCAUCCAGCGCAUCUCACAAGAACAGAGCCGACUCAACUCUUCACUCCUAGCCAGACACCAACACCUGGCCCACCUGAACCAGGACCUAGAACCCAGGACCACAGCCUCCUCUCCUCUCUCACCAAGCCGGGCACACCUCUCCUCCCUCCCAGGCUGUGAAGCCCUGCAGAGCCCCUCUGAGUCUGGAGGUCAUGUUGCUGACACCAGUCCUACUCCCCAAAGCUAAGGGUCCUGUAAUGCCUAUGCACCACCUCCUCUGACACCUCUUCCCUGUAAAACAGCCUCAUCAGCCAAUCAACACGCACCGCCUCCACCUCUCCACCCGCCCCCCUCCUCAGGAGGUCAUGCUGCACCCCGCCCAAACCCAACCUGAGUGCUCGUGACGGGAGGGGGGGAGGAGGGUAAAAAAGACGUCACAGGAGGGAAAAACAAAAACAAAAAGGGGUGACGUCACCGUGAAACCACCCCCAGGGAGGGAGGCAGGGAGCCAUCCAGGGGAAGGGGAAGGGGAGGGUGAGGCCUCGGCGGGCCCGGGAAGAUGCGUCCAUGGGCGGGCUCGUGGCGCUGGAUCACCCUGGUGCUGCUGGCCUGGGGCACGCUGCUCUUCUACAUCGGCGGGCACCUGGUGCGCGACAGCGAGCGCCCGGAACAUUCUAGCCGAGAGCUCUCCAAGAUCCUGGCCAAGCUGGAGCGUCUCAAGCAACAGAACGAAGACCUGCGACGCAUGGCUGAGUCGCUACGGAUCCCUGAAGGUCAUUCGGAGAGAGGGCCGGUGGCUGCAGAGAAGCUGCACUCCUUAGAGGAGCAGCUGAUCCGAGCCAAGGAGAAGAUCCACAGCUACCAGCAGCGCUCGGGAGACGUAGGUCCAGGUCAGGAGCACGAGGAGUUGCGGAGGAAGAUUGAGAAUGGCGUGCGGGAGCUCUGGUACUUUUUCCGCAGUGAGGUGAAGAAACUGGGUCACACUGAGGGGACCAUCCGCCACAGGCACACCGACAACCUGCUCCAGGACCUGGGCCACCAACAAAGGUCUAUUAUGUCGGACUUGUACUACCUCAGCCAAGCUGAUGGGGCGGGAGACUGGAGAGAGAAGGAGGCCAAAGACCUGUCUGACCUGGUGCAGAACAGAAUCACAUACCUACAGAACCCUCCGGACUGCAGUAAGGCCCGUAAGCUGGUGUGUAACAUCAACAAGGGCUGUGGCUACGGCUGCCAGCUGCACCACGUGGUCUACUGCUUCAUGAUCGCCUACGGCACGCAGCGCACGCUCAUCCUGGAGUCGCACAACUGGCGCUACGCCACCACUGGCUGGGAGAGCGUGUUCCAGCCCGUCAGCAACACCUGCACUGACCGCACCGGGGCCUCCACCGGACAGUGGUCAGGUGAGGCACAUGAUCGUGACAUCCAGGUGGUGGAGUUGCCCAUCGUGGACAGCCUCCACCCCCGCCCCCCUUACCUGCCCCUGGCCAUCCCUGAGGACCUGGCGGACCGGCUGCACCGUCUCCACGGCGACCCCUCUGUCUGGUGGGUGUCGCAGUUCGUCAAGUACCUGGUGCGCCAACAGGCCUGGCUGGAGAAGGAGAUCAGGGAGGCGUCCGUCAAGCUGGGCUUCAAGCAUCCCAUCAUCGGGAUCCAUGUGCGGCGAACUGAUAAGGUGGGCACGGAGGCGGCGUUCCACCCCAUCGAGGAGUACAUGGCGCAGGUGGAGGAGCAGUUCCAGCUGCUGGCCCGACGCCUCCACGUGGACAAGAAGCGCGUCUACCUGGCCACCGACGACCCCACACUCCUGCAGGAGGCCAAGGCCAAAUACCCAGACUAUGAGUUUAUCAGUGACAACGCCAUCUCUUGGUCGGCUGGCUUGCCCAACCGCUACACAGAGAACUCCCUCAGAGGCGUUAUCCUGGACAUCCACUUUCUGUCCCAGACGGACUUCCUGGUCUGCACCUUCUCAUCACAGGUGUGUCGCGUGGCGUACGAGAUCAUGCAGACUCUCCACCCGGACGCCUCCUCCUACUUCCGCUCGCUGGACGACAUCUACUACUUCGGCGGGCAGAACGCACACAACCAGGAGGCCGUCUACGCCCACCGGCCACGCGACGCCGAGGACAUCCCCCUGGAGCCCGGAGACCUGGUCGGUGUCGCCGGCAACCACUGGAACGGCUACUCCAAGGGCGUGAACCGCAAGCUUGGCCGCACCGGCCUGUACCCCUCCUACAAGGUCAAGGAGAAGGUGGAGACGGUCAAGUACCCCACGUACCCUGAGGCGGACAAGCUGCUGGCCUCAUAGAGAGACAGACAGGGAGAGAGAGAGAGAGAGAGGAGAGCGAAGAAAGAGAGUGUGAAAAAUAGGGAGAGAAGGACAAAAUGAAAAACUGCACAAACUGUUGCCACAGAUACAAACUGAGUUAGAAAAAUCUGGGAUGGAGCAGAUGAAUGAAUACUCCUGCCGUCCAGUUGUGUGGAUGGUGGAUGCGUGUGGGUGUGUGUUUGUGUUUGUGUUGUGUGUGUGUGUGUGUGUGUGUGUGUGUGUGUGUGUGUGUGUGUGUGUGUGUGUGUGUGUGUGUGUGUGUGUGUAAGGGUGGGUGUGUGUGCCUUUGCCUCUCUGUGGACGGGUGUGUGAAGACGUCAUUGACUGAAAUGGCGCACUGGGGAGCAGCAGCAAGUGGACACAUAUCCCAGUGUGCACUGCUUCAGCAGGUCAAACUGACACAUAUCCCAGUGUGCACUGCUUCAGCAGGUCAAACUGACACAUAUCCCAGUGUGCACUGCUAAAGGGGGUCAAACUCCUCAAUUAAUGACUUUAAUAUGGACUUUAUAAAACAACUGGAAGACAUAACCCGAAAAAGGACUUGAAGAAAAAGAACUGGAGAUGAAAAAAAACUGAAAGAACCUUUUCCCUUUGUUUUUAUGUUGACCUAAUUCAGUGGUUUGAGCUCUAUACUGGCCUUUCGUGACCUCUCUUUGUUCCCUGUGCAUUCGAAUGUACCACACUCUAUUGUCCUCUGCCUCUUUCUCUCUUGUCUUUCGCUUUCUUUCUCUCUUCCUUUUUGUUCUCUUUCUUUGUCUCUGUCUUCACCACUUCUAUCAUGACUGUGCCCUCUGUCUUUUGUCUUUUCACUCACCUGCUAUUAAGUUGUCUACACCAUUUUAUGCUUUGAAAAAGAAAGUGAUUUAUCGGUCUUGGAUCUCUCUGUGUGUGUGUGUGUGUGUGUCUGUGCCUGUGUGUGUGUAUGUGCUCUUGUUGAAGGUGCACCCUGUAAUGGUGCUUACUGACAGAAUUGUAAAUGGCUUUUUGAUUUCUUAGAAACUUGAUGAUGCACAUUGUAUGUGUGUGUGAGUGUGAGUGUAACAGUGAUACUGGGAAACCCCUUGGAAAAAGCCCCAAAUACCCCCCC